AUGAAAAAGUUCUUCGCGAUGUCUAAUAAUGAACAACGUGGAAAAAUCUAUGGUGCCGAUGUGACAGAGCGCAACGCAAGAUUACUUCGUGUCAGAGUGUUUCGUGCUAGUGAUUUACAACGAAAAGAUUUAUUUGGUUCAUCACCGGGAGAUCCUUACGUAAAAAUAUCAUUACAAACACCGGAUAAUCGGGGACAAACGGUCGACAUUACCAAAGAUGAGUUUCUUGGAAUGUGUUAUGCUGAACUUAAUAACAACAUACCAGUCGAAAUACCCGAUGUUCCAAUCGUAGCAAAAGAAUAUCAGCUAUUGAAAAGAAGCGUUCUUCAACGUGUUCGUGGCAAUGUUAUGAUUGGUUUACAAUAUAUCAGUCCAAAUGCUCCAAGACAAAAUGCUGAAGCUGAAAUUGAAAAUAAUGUACCACCUCUUCCACCAGGUUGGGAAGAACGAAAAGAUGCACAACAGCGCACAUACUAUGUGGAUCACAAUACGAGGUCAACUACUUGGUUUAGGCCAAAUCGAAAUCCUAAUGUACCGCCAGUACCACAAAGACCUGACAUUGGUUUUCGUAGACAAAUUGACGACAUAGACACUAAUCGUGCUAAUGCUCCACAGCCUUCUGCAACUCCCGAUGCAAGCCCAAUGACAACUCGUGGUGCUGCAGUCGACGAUCUUGGACCUAUGCCGCCGGGCUGGCAAAUAUCUAAAAGUGGAACUGACCGAGUGUUUUUUAUUGAUCAUAUAAAUAAAUGUACAACCUGGAUUGAUCCGCGUACUGGUAAACCAUCGCCUGUGAAAAAUUGGGAAAUGCGCACAAUGCCCGAUGGUCGCGUAUACUACAUUGAUCAUGAAACAAGAACGACAACUUGGAUAGAUCCACGUGUAGCAGGACCAGCUGUCCCGUACUCAAGAGAUUAUCAAUCGAAAUAUCAACAACUAAAACGUACUUUACCAAAACCAAAACCUUAUGUGGGUAAUCAAUUUGAAAUUCAUGUUAGUCGUAAAGAAAUAUUAGAAACAUCGUUUCGUUCAAUAAUGGUUGUCAAAGAUGUUGAAGUAUUUAAAGCACGAUUGUGGGUUAUUUUCGAUGGUGAACGUGGCUUGGAUUAUGGUGGAUUGAGUCGUGAAUGGUUUUUAUUAUUAUCGCGUGAAAUGUUUAAUCCUUACUACGGAUUAUUUGAAUAUAGUGCCAUUGAUAAUUAUACGUUACAAGUCAAUUCAGCAUCGGGUUUAUUAAAUGAAGAUCACAUCAAAUAUUUUCGUUUUAUUGGAAGAAUUAUUGGAAUGGCUGUUUAUCAUGGAAAAUUGCUUGAAGCAUUCUUUAUUCGUCCAUUUUAUAAAAUGUUACUUGGUAAAUCUAUUACUUUAAUGGACAUGGAAACUGUUGAUCGUGAAUAUUAUCAGUCACUAAAAUAUAUUGUUGAAAAUGAUCCAACCGAUUUAGAUUUAUAUUUUGUCGUUAAUGAAGAAAUACUGGGCGAUCUUCGUGAACAAGAGUUAAAACCAAAUGGACAGCACAUACAAGUAACAGAACAAAAUAAACAUGAAUAUGUCGAACUUGUUAUUCAUUACCGCUUUGUCAGACGAGUGGAAGCACAAAUGAACGCGUUAAAACAAGGCUUUCAAGAUAUUAUACCAUUAGACACAAUUAAAAUAUUUGAUGAAAAAGAGGUUGAAUUACUCAUCAGUGGACUGGGUGAGAUAAAUCUGAAUGAUUGGAGGACACAUACAAUGUACAAAGGAGGUUAUACACCAGACAAUCCCGUUAUUCAAUGGUUUUGGCAGGCGCUUUCCACAUUUAAUAUGGAAGAACGCACACGUCUACUGCAAUUUGUCACUGGCACAUCACGUUUACCUAUGAAUGGAUUUAGAGAAUUGUGGGGUUCAUCUGGUCCACAAUUAUUUACAAUUGAGAAAUGGGGUGAUAAAACAAAACUUCCACGUGCACAUACAUGUUUUAAUCGUAUAGAUUUACCACCAUAUGAUAACUAUAAAGAUCUUCAACAGAAAUUGAUACAAGCAAUGGAAAUGUCGGAAGCAUUUGAAGAUAUAAAAAUUGUAUUUGAUGAUUGUUGUUAUUUCAAACUAAUGAGUUUGUCCAAAGCAAUUGCUUUUACCAUUUUACCUCAUCUAGGAGGUUUAAUUGGCGGUUAUAUUACUCGAUCAUCGAUCAAAGAAUGGUACGAAACACUCGAUCGUCCGAAUUGGCGACCUCCAAACUGGGCAUUUCCUCCUGUAUGGACGACUCUUUACACGUUUAUGGGAAUAUCAUCUUAUUUAAUCUGGCGUGAUGGGAUUGGGCAAGAGAGACAGAUAGCACUUGCGCUUUACGGGUCACAACUAUUAUUAAACUGGCUAUGGACACCGAUCUUCUUUGGUCAACACAAACUUGGCUUGGCAUGUGCUGAAAUUACAUUGUUACUCUUGAACAUUGGUGGCUGUUUAAUAACAUUUUAUCCAAUAAAUCAAGUAGCGUUUGGCUUAAUGCUACCAUAUUUUGGCUGGGUGUCAUUAGCUACAGCGUUAACCUAUUCUAUUUGGUUUAGAAAUAAAGAUAAAAUAAGCGACCGUACUACAAGAAGACAAGACUAA